AUGUUGUAAUCAUUUUCCAGCAAUGUGAGUUGUCCCAAUCAUAAUUAGCCCAUCAGUUACAUUGAUAUCAAGAAAGACACACCCAUUAACAAUAGGGCCAAGUGUUUGAAUUGCACUCCUUUGAAUGAUGCAGUUCCUUUAAAAAAUGCUCUGGAGAAAUUCAAGAAAUUGAAGGAAGAUGAAAAAUAAUAGAUUAGAAAUUAUAGAAAAAACAAGAUUUAUGACUUCUUGGAAUUCAAGAAGGUUAUUCAUCAACUUUCAGAAUCCAUCUCACAGUCUCUCAACGAAAUUAGUAAAUAGAUCAAUGAGAGAAUUGAGAAGAUUGUCGGAGUUAUUCAACAAGCUCAAUCGGUGCAAUGGCAAUUCGAUAUCAAUGAGUAUUUGACGAUCAGUGGAUUGCAGAAUGUAGGAUUACAAUUAAGUUAGUAAGGGAAUGAGUUUUCACUAAUUAAGGCUGGUUACUCUGUGGUUCAAAUGAAGAAGGAGCAACAACUGCAGACUACUCUUUCCAACUAUUAAAACAACAUUAAGUCUAUACAAAGUAAUAUGGAGACACUCAAAGAAUCACUAACUACCAAUCUUAUUAUCAAUGAGGAAAUAGUGGGGAAGGCUGCCCAGAAGGAAAAAUGCUUAGCCACAGCCUUCAACAAAGACAAUUCCAUAAUGAUUAGCACAUCAGAGGAACUAAUUAAAGUGUGGACUUUCGACAAUGGGAAAUUGGAAUUGUUCCAAACUUUAAAGGGACAUGACAAGGAAGUCACUUGCCUCUGUUUCAGUCGCAAAAAUAAUUGGUUCGUUUCUGGAAGUCGAGAUAAGACACUUAGGUUAUGGAAGGAGUUUAGUAACAGCGAAUGGGGAUGCAUACAGAUUUUAGAAGGCAAUAGUUUUUGCAUCAAUUGUGUUAUCCUGAACUAAUAUGAAGAUCAGAUCUUUUCUAGUAGAGACGAUAAUAAAAUCAAAGUUUGGAUGUAGGAAUCCUUACUGACAUCGUAAUAACCACAAUGGAAAUGCUAUUAAACUCUACAGGAUCACAAAAAGGAUGUCUACUCAUUAAGUUUAAAUUAGCCAGGCACCUUGUUAGUGUCUGGGUCAUAUGAUAAAACUAUAAUCAUCUAUGAUUUGGAUGAAUAGUAAUAAUGGAGACUCAAGUAGGUGAUAUAGAACGAUUAUGAAAACUGGGUGCAUUCAGUUUGUGUUAUCAACGAUAAGCUGAUUGCAACUAAAUUAUACAAUGGAAUCAUACUGCUUUAUCAGUAUAUGGAAUCAGUUGAAUCAUUCGAGUAGAUUCAAGAGUUGGAACUAAGCAAAUCAAAAAUGAGUUACUUUGAUUUCUUUCACAUGUUCUACAAUCAGUAAUUGCAAUCCAUCUUCUGUCGUCAUCUAGACUGCAUUUACAUAUUAUUCCAAUAAACAACAGGGAGAUAUGGAGUCCAAUAGAAAAUUACAGACAAUUAUAGAGGUGGCAGUUUGACUGACAAUGGAGAAUACAUAGCCUUGUGGAAUAACAAUACUAAAUAAUUAGAGAUAAGAUAAUAAGAGUGA